AUGUCCAUACAUCUUCGAGAAGGUUUCUCAAACGAAACACUAGAGCGUGUAUUAGAGGACUUGGCUGUGAGAUUCGUUGUCAAUUGUCCCAACGAAGACCUUUCCAGUAUUGAAAGAGUACUCUUCCUAAUAGAGGAGGCUCAAUGGUUUUAUCAGGACUUUGCCCGGGCAAUGAAUCCAUUACUUCCACCACUAAAUAUGAAGAAAUUUACUACAAAGCUUUUAGAAAGAUGCCCUCUCAUCUGGAAAUGGGGGAAUCCAAGAGAUGCGCUUCUACAAUUUGGUAAAUAUAAGAGUCUUAUUCCAGUUCGUGGAUGCGCUUUAUUUACACCACGGAUGGACAAGAUGCUACUUGUUCAAGGAAUAGAAUCACCAUCGUGGGCAUUCCCUCGUGGAAAGAUCAGUAAGGAUGAAACUGAUGUUGAGUGUGCCGUCAGAGAGUUGAAGGAAGAGACUGGAUACGAUGCCUCUUCUCUAAUUGAUGAGGACGAGUACGUGGAGAGAACCAUAAGAGCCAAAAAUUAUAAGAUAUUCUUUAUUCGUGGCAUUCCUGAAGAGACAGUGUUUAAACCUGUUGCCAGAAAUGAGAUCCGGGAUAUUAAAUGGUGGGAGGUAAAGUCACUAUUGAACAAGAAGAACAGAGACAACAAAAAAUUCUUCCUUGUUCCAAAUAUGAUCAAGCCAAUCACAGCAUUUAUCCACCGUGUUAAGGGUACCGACACUGACGAGGAGUUGAAGAUCAAGGCUACCGCUCAACUGAAGAAGAUUUUAGGUAUUGGCGAAGCGAUCGAACCUCAGCAGGAAACGGAUCCUGGAAGAGCAUUGCUUACGAUGCUUCAAAACGCCAGCAAGAAUGCUCAAAGUGCUGCACCAGAUACUACUACCAACGCACAAACAAGUUUUUCUGCUCCAUAUCCUACGGCAGCUUCUAUCUCUCCGCUUCCCGCUGGUUUACUUUCGCAACUACCCCAGCUACCAAUUGCAGCCGGAUAUCCUCCAAUGCAACCCAUGGCUACCAUGGGGCCUACUCCUUUCCAGUUUCAUUUGCCAUAUUUCAAUCCUUUUUUCCCCCAGAGUAUGGCCCUACCUCCACAAUUCCCACUGCCACCUUUUCUCCAGCCUUUCCCAGUCACACCUUCAGCUCCUAUAUCCGGACCUACAACCGCAUCCGCAUCAGCAUCAGCAGACCAACAGCCAGCAUAUCAACCACAGACUUCUCAGGCCCCUGCCGCUUCCUCCUUUGCCAAGCCUACAAUUAGGUCCCAGGAAUCGAACAGUAAAGUGUUACUUGCCCUACUUAAGGCACCUGAUACUACUGAGUCUCAAGAACCUCCAAAAAUUCCCGAUUCACACCCUGAGAAUUACGUGAAGAGGACUAAAAAUGAGAUUGCAAAUCCUUCCUUCCUCAGGAAUCUGUUUCCGAAGCGUACCAAUUCUCCCGAAACAGUUUCUUCAUCCAAGAAAAUACAGAUUCUUAAACGUCCGAAUUCGACCCCUUCGUCAAUUGAUGUGACAACACCAGCUAAUUCUCCAAACACAGGUUCCUCGUUCCAAAAUUCGGCGCAGUCAAUGCUCGACAAGCCUGUAAAAUUACUUAGAAGGGAACAUAAGCCUUCAAGUAAAGGUACUGCCCAGCUAUUAGGCAUUCUAAAUGGAACCAAAGCCCGUGGUAAAAUCGUACCACCUAUGAACUCUAAUCCUGAUCCUCAGCAUUUAAACGUUAUAAAGCAUACAUCUUCUCAUCGCUCUGCUUCUCCUUUACCUAAGGUGAUUAACGAGAAGCCAGAGACGGAGAACAACGAGGAUCCAUCGGCUUACUUGCUUGGUAUACUAAACAAGCCUAAAUCAUCUGAAGCUGCUCCUCCUCCUGCUUUCGUAGCGGCUGUUCCUUCCAACGGCGCUGAACUCCUUAGUAUUAUCAACAAUCCUCAUCAGUCCACAGAUUUACCAAAAGAAGCACAGCAAGAUCAGCAAGAGCAGCGAACACAAAGACCAUUGAAACCAAUUGCACACUCUAAUGGUAAAUCCUUGCUAGAAAUUCUUCAAAAACCUAACACUCCUAUAGCCAAGAGUUCUACACCGGCACAGUCUGGUGCCGCAGCCUCUUUACUCAGCGUUUUAAAGAGAGGUAGUCAGACAGCAGAUAAGACAAAACCUCAAUCGGCCUCUGAGACAGAAACUCAGAUAAGACCGGAAUCGGCUCCCGUGGAGACAAAUUCAGAGAGCCAGAACCUUCUCAAGAUGUUGAAGCGCCCACAAACUCAUCCUAUUAUUGAGACUCUUCAAAAUGAUGCUGAAGAUGUGGCUGAGUUCUCUGACUUCGAAGACUUUGACGAUUUGGACGACGGUUUAGAAGUGAACAACUUCUUGCACAAUAAGCAGAUCAAAACGUAUAAGGCAAAUGGAACACCAUCAUCGUGCUCUCCUAUUAUCCCCAAAAAACCUCCUGUGUUUGACAAGGAUGCUAAAGGUAGACGCUACUGGCUUAUAAAGACAGAACCCGUGAAUCGAAAAGAUCCGAAAUCGGGUAAAGACGUGAAAUUCUCCAUUGAAGAUCUUGCCAAAGUCGACGCAGAACCAUGGACAGGUGUAAGGAAUUACGAGGCUAGAAACAACCUUCUUAAUAUGGCAAAAGGAGAUAUUUGUCUAGUAUACCAUUCCAACUGCAAGAACCCUGGUAUUGUAGGUAUUGCGAUUGUGGCCAGCAAGCAAGCAAAGCCUGAUCUAUUACAAUUCGAUACCAGCUCCGGGUACUUUGAUGCCAAGUCCACCAAGGAGAAUCCCCGGUGGUGGUGUCCGGACAUUUCAUUUGCUGGAAUUCUAAGGAGAAAAGUAAGCCUUUCUGAAUUGAAGCUAAAUCCGUUAUUUACGGAGAUCACAUCGAAGAGAUAG